GUAUUUAUGUUGGUAUCAUUGAUAAAAACAAUAGAUGUGCAUUAAAGAACCAAAUAAUUAAAAUGUUUAUACGUUUUAUGUGAUAUUUCACUUUGAAUUAUUUAUAAAAUUAUAAUUGAAAAUGGAAGAAGAAAAAGAUAAUUUUGAUUGUAUAUGUAGAGCUUGUUUGGAAAAAUCUACCAAGAUGUAUUCUUUGACCGGUUCUAUAGUUAAUUUAGAAGUUAACAUAGCUGCUAUGUUGGAGUUUUGUACAUCCCAAAAGUUAGUUUUAAGUGAAGAUUUACCCAAUAAUGUUUGCUUGUCUUGUUUUAAAACGAUUCGAAUAGCAUAUAGAUUUUUUAAACAAUUUUAUGAAGUUCAACAACAACUGAUGAAUUUGAAGGAUUCAGAUGGAUCAUUCGAAGAAGAAACGCUAUUAUUUGAAGUGGAAACUACUCCUCCAGACAAGGAAGAAAAUGGAGAUCCGGUAAAAAGCGAUGAAGAACAUGAAGUAGAAUUUAUAAUUAAACAGGAAGAUAGUAUUGAAGAAGAUAGUUCUCAAUCAACUAUCAAUAACGAUACGCAGCUAAACUCGAUGGUGGAAAUAAAAGAUGAGUAUAUAGAAGAAGAUGCGAAUUUUAGUCAAAUUUUAAAUUUACAGGGUGUAGAAUCGAAAAUAGAGUUUAUAGUUGAUGAAACGAAAAAUAGUGAAUCAAUUGAGAAAAGGGAACGUUAUAUCUGCCCUAUAUGUGGUCAAAAGUUUAUAAGGGCGGAAUUAUUUCGUGCUCAUAUUACGUCUUAUAAUUUAAGUAAAAUCACUUGCACGCGUUGUCCUACUAAACCUGAAUAUGAUCUAACUGAAUAUUUCUACCAUUACAGACAUUUUCACAAAUACCACUGCGAUAUUUGCGAUAAAAGAUUAGUAUCCAGUUACGGUUAUUAUUACCACAAAAAACAACACGAAAAUAUAAAAUUGUAUAAAUGUUCGUUUCAAAAUUGUUCGAAAUCCUUCACAAUGAAACAUCUUCUAACGAAACACGAAAAUAGUCAUCACAGUACAAAAAUUUAUAAUUGCAAAUUAUGUCGCGCUACAUUUAAUACCAACGAUUCGUUACGUUACCACCUCAAAGUACACGAUAAUAAAAAGGAUCAUUUGUGUACAGCUUGCGGCAAGGCUUUCUUCCAAGCUGUUCAUCUCCGUGACCAUAUGUACAGGCAUUUAGGUUAUAAAAAAUUCGUUUGUGAUAUUUGCGGUAAAAGUUUCGUCACCAAUUCUAGUUUGAAAAAGCAUAUCAUUUAUUGUACGAAAAAACACGGUUUAGAUGUCAAUUGAGUUUUUUCAAAUAUUACUUCUUCACAAAUGUUAAUUUUUGUACCAAUAAAUUUUUAAUAAUCUUUAAUUUAAUUCUUAAAUAUUGUUACUAUUAGAUAAAGUUCUCGUCUAGUCAUUUUCAGAAAUAAUAUAAUUAUAACAAUUAUAUGAAAGUGGAAAAUGUCGGGAAAAUCAGAAGUGUCAUAUUGUUUAAUUUUGUAGUAACUUCUUGUAUUCUUAAUAAUUAUUUCUUGAAUUGACAUUACUUUGGUAUUGUUGAUUUUUUGUUUUUACAUUUAUUGUGAAUCCUACCUUGAGUUUCGUAAAUAUUCUUAAAAACAUGUUGAAAUAAUGUAAAAUUUUAUAUUUAUAAAUGACCAAUAAAAACUUGUAGUUCUUGGUAAA